AUGCUAAUGUUGCCGCUAUGUAUACGUCUUGUCAAGAUCAAUCGCAACCGUCCUUCCAAGCGUGUUCCCAAUACUUUCGAAAGUUGGAGCUGUCCUGAAAUCCGUAGGAACUCCCAACACACACACCCAAAAUGUGAUCUCCGAUGGGAAGUUCAGAGAUUGCUGUGGCUUCCACCGCGCCAUAGCUAUCUUCCAGUAAUCAAAGAGGAAGAAAAGAGUGAGGUGAUCAAAGAGAAGGAUCCAGAUGCGAAUGGAAAGAAUCAGGGGGUGCGUAGAAGAGCUUUACGACAUACAUCAUGCACAACCGCAAGUACCAAGUUGAGAGCUACGGCAGCUGUACUUUCCCCACCCAAACGAAACGCAGCCAAUAUGGGUUCACGUCAGGGUGAGGGGGCUAGGCCACCAGCGGGCAAGGGAACUUCAAACCCGAAGCUUGGUACUCAGAAAUAGUAAUUUUAAUGAAUCAGGACAAGCUUAAGGAAGGUUGCAAACAGGUGGUGAUGGUGGGGACUGUAGUUCUAGUUGAGGCAAUAAGUCCUACGAGUUUUUAUAUUUAUUGUUGGUUUUUGGUUGUUCUGGUUUUUUAUUUUCGCUAUAUUUUGGUUUUUUGUUUGAGCUUUGGUUGUAUCCAGAGGUGUGUUGCUUUAAUUUGUUUUUUAAGACCGGAGUAUGAGGUCUUCUUAUGGAAUAAAACUGGUUGGCUG